AUGUCUUAUUUCCUGCCUCAUCUUCCUUCUGGCUGGCACGUCGACGAAGCCAUCAAAUCCGAAGAAGACCGCGUUGUUGUCCUCCGCUUCGGUCACGACUGGGACACGCAGUGCAUGACUAUGGACGAGACCCUCUACUCUGUCGCUGAGAAGGUACAGAACUUUGCGGUGGUGUAUCUCGUAGAUAUUACGGAGGUUCCGGAUUUCAACAAGAUGUACGAACUGUAUGAUCCUUGCACAGUCAUGUUCUUCUAUCGGAACAAACACAUCAUGAUUGAUCUGGGCACUGGUAACAACAACAAGAUUAACUGGGCAAUGGAUAACAAACAAGAGAUGAUUGACAUCAUAGAGACAGUCUACCGUGGCGCCUCCAAGGGUCGUGGUCUCGUCGUUUCUCCCAAGGAUUAUUCGACACGCUACCGCUACUGA